AGGUUAAAGAGAGAAACUGAAAGAGAGCGAGAGUGAGAGAGAAAAUGAUAAAUUCAUCAUUGAUAUUUAUCUUUAAUUUGAUUCUUUUUUCUUAAUUGUGUGUGUAUUUGUACUCAUCAUCUUGUUCUUGUUCUUCUCCUCCUCCUGGUUAAUUGGUUUCAUCUAUCUCCCGAUUUCUUCUUCUCUCUUCUUCCUCUUUCUCUCUUUCUCUCUCUGUUUAAUUUUUACCAUUUAAUGGAAAUGAUGUUACAAUAAACAAACAAUAUUAUUUACUAAUUAUGGAUCAACAUCAAAUAUUAACUGGCGCUGUCAAUGCGGGUGAUAAUUGUUACUCGGUGGGAAGUGUUGAAGGUGUCCCAUUUACAGCUUAUUCCGCUGGUUGUAAUAUAGUUAUUCUAGCCAGUAAUUUUCAACGAGUUCAAAUAAUCCCUGGUAUCUUACAUGGUAAUGUUCAGGUUGGUUGUAUUGAUUGUUCAACCGAUGUUGGUAAAAUUGCUGCUGCUUAUGGUAAAAAGGUUUACAUAUUUGAACCAACACCAUUAUUAGAGCAAAAUUCAAUCCAUAAAUUGGACUAUCGUUGGAUUCAAACAGCCUCAUUGGAAACUGAUUGUUUCGUCUCUGUUAUUUCAUGGUCUCUAGAAGGUAAUAAAUUACUUACUGGAGGUACCUGUAUACAAGUUUGGCAUCUUAUCAAUUCCUCUGAAGAUGAGAUCAUCCAUCAAGAUCAUAAUCAUCAUUGUGACGAUGUUAAAUCAAAUAAUGUCAAUAAUAACAACAACAACAUUGAUAAUAAUAGAAAUGAUGGUAUUCAUAUAAAUCCUGAUAACAUUCAAUCUUCAAAUAUCAAUGGUGAUGAAUUGGAACAAGCUUGUUGGAAUUGUGUUUGGCAAUGUCGAACCUCAUCUCCCGUUUGUUUCCUUCGUUUCUCACCUGAUGGAUCAUUAUUUGUUUCCGCUGGUAAAACUGAUCGUUUGGUUAAAGUUUGGUAUGAAAGUGCAGCUAAAGUUGAUUCGACAACAACACCACUUCAUUCAGCUUCAGCUCCUAACCUUGAAUCUUACCAUACAACUUCACGUCAAUCAUCAUCUCAUCCCAUUGAUGAGAUUAACUAUUCAUUUAUUUACAUUGCUCAUCCAAGAGCGGUAACCGGAAUUUCAUGGCGUAAAACAAGUAAAUACCUUUCAAGAGGUUCAGUUGCCAAUAUGCUAGUCACUUCUUGUCGAGAUAAUAUUUGCCGUCUUUGGGUACAAACUUUACUUCCUGAUGAUGGUUUAGUCAAUUUUAGCCAAAUUGAAACUCUUUCUAAUCACGCUGUCCCUCGUAAUCAGACUCAACGACAUAGACAGAAACUUCUUCUUCGCUUGAAACAUAUGAAAGCCUUCAGUCAAUUUAAAAAACGUCAAGCAGCCAAAACUGAUGAUGAUAGUCACCUAAAUGAACCUAUUCCCACCCUACCAUCAACCUUUAGUGUUCACGAUUUUCACAGUUUCGCUGUUUGUGGUACAGCAAUUACUCCAGGUUUCCAUUUUCACCUUGCCGCCUCCAUUAACGCUGAAACCGAUAUACCCUUGGUUCCUAGUCUAUCACCAAAUGACGCAAAUGGAUCUUGCGAGUCAAAAAAUUAUCCCAAUUUUGUGAUCCAUUGGUUAAAUAAUAAAGAAAUGGUUUUCACUCGAGCCGCUGAAAAGUUACUCCAAGAGAUUAGCGUUAAAAUAAUGCAAACUGAAUCAGCUGCUUCUGGUCCUAGUGAAGGUGGUGAAAGUGAUACAGCUGAUGUUGAGGGAGACUUUGACCUGGAUAAUAUGGAUAAUGAUGCAACCAUAACUGCUGAACAGAGUAAAAAAUUACGACACAAAUUGUGUAGACAAGUUCAACAUAAACAUAAACAUAAACACAAACAACAACAACAACAACAGCAUACAAAUAAAGAGGGAGGUAAAACUCACCAUCAUCAUCAUAGUACAGGAGAUGAAUCCUCCUCUGAGCACCUUGACUCUCAACAAAGUCGUCAAAGUUGUCAUACACUUUCAUCUUCAGCAUCAACAACAAUCGAUCUAAACAAUUUAACUAAUCCUUCAUCAACCGCAUCAAUAAGUGACCUACUAGAUAGACGAUUUGAAGCUUUACUCCGUGAAUGGCAUUCACUUUCUGAUCUAUUAUUUAGUAUUCAUCCUGUUGAUGGUAGUCUUCUUGUUUGGCUUGUCCAAUGGUUAGAUGAAGCUUGUCCUGGUUCAUUUCGUCAAGCUCAGGUUAACUUUUCCUCACGAAUACCAAACGCCAUUCCAUUAGGUGAUGCAGCGACAAUGUCACAUAAUCUUGCUCUUUACUCACCCUUAACUUAUCUCAAUCUAAAAGCAACCAUGGCUCAAUCAGCUUCCGUUAUAUCAAACCUUGAUUCCAAGGCUUGUUCAGAAGAUUCAACCACUAAUCAAAGUAAUUCACGUUGGAGUAAAAUAGAUGUUGAAAAUUCAUUAACACCAACUGUCUGUAUGGCCACUAAACAUUCAAAUGGAUCUCUAAACUUAUGGUCGAUCAGUUUUGCUGAGGUUACAAAAUUUACCCAAUUAAUGAGUAUCUCCCAUGUUUCUCGAGUUUGUGGCCAUCGUUUUAGAGUCAAUGAUAUUUCCUGUCAUCCGGUUCUUCCCCUACUUCUUACAACAUCUCACCACAAUCUUCCCGGAGGUAGUACAUCACUUCCCAAAUCUAUGGGGUCAUCGGUUGCAUCAAGUCCAUCAGGGACACCAUCCUCAAGUAGUUGUUGCCCUCCCUUACAGGGAUUGCCUAAUUCUGGUUUUUGUUCAGAAUUAAUCUUAUGGAAAGUUGAUCCAGUUGGACCAUUAUCAAUGUCCGGUGGUGUUACUGAAUUAGCAAGGAUUAACUCAUUGGAAACAGCAGCUUUUGCCAAUGUUGCUUGGCUUCCAACCCUUUUACCAAGUACAACCCUUGGAUCAAUAUCUAACUCUCCGAGUGCCUGUUUCAUUGCCUCCGAUGGUCACCAAUUAAGAGUUUACCAAGCAGUAAUUGAUGCUCGAACCCUUUUAUCGGAAAUAUCUUUAUCCCAACGUUACUCACAACAAUCAGAAACAUUAAGUCCAAACAGUGAUACAACUGGAUCAUCUGAUUUCUGUGGUUAUCGUGCAUCGGAUCUUAAUCAAGCAUUCAAAAUUGUCAGUUUACAAUCAACCUCACGACCAGGGUGUAUUCUUGAACUUGAUGAAAUAACUGAUGCAACACACGAUUGGCAAUACACUCAAAUGCUUCAUGUUUUCCAAGAUCAAUUAUUACGCGGUGAAGAGAUGGCCUUUAAAUGUUGGAAUGAGAAACAAGGACGUGAAAAUCUUGGUCUAGUUGAAUCAUCUCUUGGUGCAGUAGUUGAUUUGAGACAAAAUUCAGUUUUUCGUGAACCAUUUUUCUUAACUGUCCUUGAAAAAGAUCCUGAUACCGGAAGAUCAGUUCUUCAUAUGUGGAAGUUAAUCAUUUCCUCUCAUUCAGCUGCCGACAUUUCAUCUGAUAGGUUUGCCUAUGUUCCUGAUAGUCAUCUAGUUCAAGAUGACAGUGAUAUCGAUCAAUCCUCUCGAUCUGGAUCACCAGUCACCGAAGGUGCUACCGGCGGCAGUGGUACUGGUGGUGGUGGUGGUGGUGGUACCCAUACCGGUGCAAAUGGAGCCGGUGGUAGAAGACAUUCCAAAAAUCAAUCAUUCCGUCAAGGUCAAUCAUACUCUCCCCUUCAGAUACUCACUACCAAAGUUUGUACCCAAGUUUUACCAAUACCGGAGGGAGUUGAAAUACUUCAUGCUACACCAGCCGCUGGUCAUUUAAGCUCAUCCAACAUUUACCCGGCUUGUUUUGCUCCCUAUCUUAUUUGUACCGCUUGUUCUGAUGGUACUUUACGUUUCUGGAGAUGUUCAGUUGAUGAUAAAAAUGAAGAUAAUAUUAAAUAUGAAUGGAAAGAGUGGGAAAUGUUGAUCAAUUUGGAGCGUUCAAGUGCAAUCGAAGUUCCUGGUUUACCUUUAUACGUGAGCUGUGCCUAUUCAGGUCGAAUAGCUUGUGCAUAUAAACAUGGACAAUCAUUUUCACGGCCAACAAGUAAAGAUCCCAAUCUUCGGUAUAUAAAUAUAAACCUUGCCAUCUAUGAAUGUGAAUCAACCGGUGGUUCAGAAUGGGUAUUGGAAGAUACAAUUUCUUUGAAAAAUAUUGUUGUACCACAAACCGAUUUAAAUCAAGAAAUUGACAUUGAACCAUUAAUUAAUACCGCUCUUCGUAAUCGUAAAACUUUGGAUACAAUUGUCCAUCGUUUAGGUGUUUCCCAUGAUGAACACCAUGAAACCAAUCGUUCAACCAAUAAUAUUCAACGAUUACUCUCAGUACCAUCUUAUACAACCAUGCAAUCGUUAAAGAAAAUUAUCUCUGAACAGGGUAAUCAAUUUACAUUAACCCAGAAAUCAAUUGUCCAACUUGAUUGGGUUUCAACUGAAGAUGGUUCUCACAUUUUAACUGUUUCCGUUGGAGAUAAAAUCUCAGUUUUCACUCCAGUUUCAACUGACAUCGCCCAGGCCAAUCUUCAAGCAAUGAAAACAUCAUCUAAAACUGGUGCUGCUCCGGCAACUCGAAUGUUGCUUAAACAAGUCUCCUCAAUGGCAAUUCCAAUGACACAGGUUGAUGAUAUAAGAUGGAUGAAACUUCGUACCACUCAUUUAAAAACAGCUGAUGGUUUACCACCUCUUCCAAUGCAAAUGAGUUGGGUUCGUGAUGGUAUCCUUGUUGUUGGAAUGGACAAUGAGAUGCAUAUCUAUACUCAAUGGAAAUCGCAAGGUGAAAUAUCCUCUAAACGACCUGAAAUGUUAUCAGAGGUUACAGAUUCUCGAGUUCUUACCGAGGAAGGUUUAUUAAUCCAUGCUCAAGAAGCAUCUCACCUUCGUUUACCUUCACACACAUCACUUGCUCGAUCACCUUCAUCUUCUGUACUCAGUGGUCUUCCUGGUGGUCAUAGUGAAAAUCGUAAACACACUCAAAUGCCUUCAAAGGGAACACCAACUAACACCAGUACAACCAUAUUAACAUCAUCAACUACUACAACUACCGAUGGUCCACCUUCAAUAGGUAAAGAUUCAAUUAAAACAAGCGAUGAAUCAAAAAAUUCCUAUUUAUCACAAUUACCUGAUUUUGGUAUUUUUGAGGCUUCUCGAUUGGCUUGUCCAGUUUUACCCCAAUAUCAUCCUAAACAAUUGAUGGAAUUACUUGCUUUCGGUAAAAUAUCUCGAGUUCGAGCAAUCCUAAGUCAUUUAGUUAAAUCACUUUGCUCAAUGGAUUCACUUAAAAAUUAUCUCUCAUCGAAUCAAGGUCAAAAUUAUGAAUCAACUGAACGUCCACGAACUUGGACACGAUCAAGAACUUUAUCCAUCGCUCCACCACCAACUUCACCAGGAGCACCUUCACCUUUAGAUGCACCAGAAAAUUAUUUCCUCUCAAUUCCAGAGGAAGUUCAACUUGAUUACACUGAGAUCACCUCAAUAAGGCCACUUCCCUUAUUUGCACUUAUCGAAGCUGAAGAUGAAAAACCUAAACGUCCAUCAACCGGUGACAAAGCAAACUCGCCAAAAGAAACAUUAUUUGAUGAUUAUGAUAGUCUUUUUAAUAGUGCAAACAGUAAAUCAACUAUCGAUGAAACACUUGAUGAAUUACUUGGUAAAUCUGCAUUCAAUUUUUCAGGCUCAAAAGCCAAUAAACGACCCGAUCCAACUGAUCUAAAAGAUUUCAAUGCUCAUCAAGCUCGACUUUUAACUAAACUUCUAACCCAUUCCCAUCUUCCUGGACUUUCUAGUCUUGAUCAGAUGCAUCUUCUAGCCUUGGCUGAUGCAGUUGCCUCAUUUAAUCCAUCAAAAGAUUCCUCGGUUUCCGCCAAUGAUUCAGAUUAUUAUGGUAGCCUUGGUUCGGAAGUGCGUGAAGGAGCACCGAUAUCUGCCGAUUCACUUGAUGAUUGUGGUUUACGUUUCUUAUUGGCAAUGCGUCAGCACACUUACCUGCUUCGUUGUCUUCCCUAUGCUCACCGAAAGUUAUUACAGAAACAAGGUUUAUCCACUUCUGAUAUUGUCUGGGCUUUUCACUCGGAAACCCAAGAGGAAUUGGCUCAACUUAUACCCUCAGUGGCCAAAGGAAAUCCUAAAUGGAAUGAACUUCGUGAAGUGGGCUGCGGUUGGUGGAUACGUAAUAAUGCAGUUCUCCGUCGGCUUAUGGAACAAGUUGCCAAGGCAUCUUUCCAGGCUGCUCAAGAUCCACUGGACGCUGCUUUGUUUUACCUUGCGAUGAAAAAGAAGUCACUUGUUUGGGGUUUAUAUCGAUCAAUUGGAGAUCGUAAGAUGACUGAAUUUUUCCAGAACAAUUUUAAUGAAGAUAAAUGGAGACGAGCAGCAUUAAAAAAUGCUUACGCUCUUCUGGGUAAACAAAGGUUUACUCAUGCUGCUGCUUUCUUCCUUCUUGGUGGUGCUAUUUGGGAUGCAAUUGAGGUUUGUCUCAAUAAACUAGAGGAUAUGCAACUUGCCAUGACCAUUGUCCGUCUUUACGAGGGUGAUAUUGAAACGGUUCCCUCUAAUUUGAAACGAAUACUUUACCAAGAGGUUUUAGGUUGUGAUUCGGAGGGUCAAAAUUUUGAUAAUGCUAAAGCUCAUCCUGAUCCAUUCUUACGUAGUAUGAGUUAUUGGAUGUUACAAGAUUAUUCAACCUCUUUGAUUACCCUUUUAGUACCUGAAGCGGGUGAAAAACAUCCUAAAUUUUCAUCAACUGAUGAGGAGAAAGCGGAAAUAUCAAUUACACCAUCAGUUUUUAAUUUCUAUCUUUACCUGAGAAAUCAACCUCUUAUUGUCCGACGACACUUGGCACAAACAAUUAAAGAUAAAAAGGUUACAAUGAAAGAUUCAAAGGAAGCGUUAAAAGAGACAAGCGAGGCAAUAACACCUUUCGAGAGGCGACUUUACUUUAUCACCGCUCAUCAACAUUUCCUAGCUGGUUGUCCAUCAUUAGCAUUAGAGGUUCUCUCAAGGUUACCAUUGAAAAUUGCUAAUGAUGAUCAUGCCAAUUUCUUGACUAAAGAUCGAUCCAUUGAUACAACCAGUGAUACACCUGAGGUAAUUGCAUCAGGUACAUUAAAUGACCUUCCCGGUGAUAAUUUAGCAUCAAACCUUUUCAAUAAUGGUAAUGGUAAAAUGGCAACAUCAAAUGUUGCUGAUACAAGUGAUGCCUUUGAUUGGGGUGCACCAGUUUCAGAUUUAGGAAAAGUAAAUGUUAACGAUUUUCAAAUUGAUAUUACCAUUGACUCGGGUACGGAUGAUGAUGAUGAAGAUGGUGAUGAUAAAGGUCUUGAGAUGAAAAUACAAGGAAGCCCAACACCGGAAACAGUUGAAACAACAAGUGAAAUGGAAAAUGGUUGUGAAAAUGUUAAAUUAGAUAUUAUGGCACAACAAUUAAAGUUUAUUGCUUGUCUUAAGAUUCUUAUGGAAGAGUUAAGUACCCUGGCUACCGGUUUCGAAGUAGAUGGAGGUCGACUUCGUUAUCAUUUGUACGUUUGGCUUGAGAAAAGUGUAAUUGCCCUAAAGGUUGUUUGUAAUUAUCGAACCUUUUCCAUGAGAGGAGGUGAAGGUGGUAAACCUUAUGGUGAACAUGAUUCUAGUCCCGCUCGUGCCAGUUCAAUGAUAUUGGAAGACAUGGAUCUUGCUCAAUCGGAAUUAGCUCGUGAUAAUCAUCACCAAUCAACAACAGAGGCAACUGGUUUUGGUGAACUUAAACCAACCCUUCAUGAAGUUUUAUUAGCUGAGAAUCUUGACUUUGAGGCUAAACUACAACGAGCUGCUCGACGUAAAGAAUGGCUACAAGGAAAUGAGGCUCUCCUUCGAACUCUUCUCUCUUAUUGUAGCCUCCAUGGUGCUCAUGGUGGUGGCCUUGCCUCUGUUCGUAUGGAGUUAAUCUUGUUACUCCAAGAGUUACAACAAGAACGAAGUCAACAUCAGUUACUUUCACCACUUCCUUUUCCAACAACGUUACCUUUAUUAGCUGCUUCCGUUGCCUGUCAGAAAACAGUUAUCGCUGAUCCAAUUCGUCAUCUUCACUCAGUAACCAAUGAUAUCCUCAUGGAAUUAACGGAAAUGAAAGCACCUCCAUUGACACUUCCACUCAGUUAUUGUGAAGUAUUUGUACUAAGAGAUCUUGGACUUUCUCUUUCUGCUUGUGUUUACCAAUCUCUUUCUAAUAGUGACAAUUUAGAUCUCAAAAAUAUAAACAUAAAGGAAGAUCUUCUCGGUGCUUCCGUUGUUUGUGCCAAUAGUCAUCUAAUGGCAGGUAACAAUACUUCAAAGAAGUCACCUCAUCACAUUGGCGGUGGUGGUGGUAAUUUUACUUCCUCUUCCUCUUCAACUACAGCCACAGGAUCAAAUGAUUCAACUGAACCAUUACACAUCACAACUCCACCCAAUAAAUGGCCUGGGGUACAAAGUUUACGCGCUCUUUUAGCCCGAGAUAAAGAUGAAGAUUCACCCAAAUUACAUACUCUACUCUGUGAAUCUUAUGUUGCCAUCUAUUUAAGUCAAUUGGUCUUUGCAUUGGCUGCUUGUGAUUCCCAUGUUUUAUAUCGUUUGGUUGGACUUGAAUUUAACGAGCAAAUUUGGGGCUUCCUGUUUGGCGGUGGAGCUAAAAAGUUGAUCCAUGUUGUAACUCAAUCAAAAUCUGCUACAACACCAACACCACAGAAUUCAAAAGAUGAAUCGCAAAGUACAUCAAUUGACCUUUUCAAUGCACUUUCACAACAACGAAUGAAACUUCAUAUGAAAAUUUUACAACAAUUAAAUCAAGAUAAACCUACUCCACCUCAAACACCAAACAUAAUCAAGGAAGAUCGUACCACUUAUAAGGAGCAAUUUGUCCCACCAUCAAUGUCAAUUAUUUCCUAUUUAAUGUCUAAACCCAAACUUUCCGAUGAUUAUAUUUUAAUUGAUUAUGAUUCAUCUGAAUCAGUUCAAAGUGAAGAUGAAGAUAUGGAAAGUUUUGAUGAUUUAGAUGAUAAUAUUUUUGGUACUUCGGUUUCAGGUCAAAUAUCAUCACAUACCCUUGGACUUCAAGAGACUGCUCGUAACACAAAGAAACAAGAUCUUGAACAAUAUGCUUGGUCAAUAAUGAGAUUCGCAGUAAUUAAAUUAGCUCGUAUCCAUUUGGCGCAAUUUUUACAAAUUGCUGGUGUUGAAUUACGUGAAUUACCAACAACCUCACCACUUAUUCAUACAGUGUUUAAAAUCCUUGAAAUGUGGACAAUUUACAUGAAAAGUUACAUGGAAUCAUUUGAAGGUCCUCCGUCCAACUUUUUACCAAAUAAUUAUGUUGAAGCAAAUCGUCAACCCGGUGGACCACCAAUAUGGAAAUACAAGGUUCUCCUCGAAACAAAUAAUACACCCUUUAGAUCACACAAUGCAAUAACCAAACCAAUGAAACGAUUAUGGAAUUACCUUGUUCGCCAAGAGAGAGUUCAAGAUCUUUUUAUAAGGUACAUUUUUACCUCUGGUAAACCAGGAAGUGAAUAUGCUGAUUAUGGUUCUAAUCAAGGUGAUGGAACUUCAUCUGCUUCUGAUCAUCAUCAUCAUCAUCAUCAUGGUGAUCCUGUAAGGAUAGUUCAUAAAGAGCAAGAUAAUAUCAGUGCUUUCUGUUUAAAUAAUACACAAUCUGGUUAUAUUGCAAUCGCAACUCCCAAAGAAGUACAAGAACUUGAUAUUUCAGUUCUCCUUGAACCUGUUCCAUGGCUUGAAGAGGAGGCUGAAUUUGACAUUUUAAAUAUGUUAAAAGUUCCAGAAUCUCUAUCAGCCUCUAAUUAUCUAGUUGUUCAACAUCCAGCUGAUCGUUUAUCAUCAUCCCCCGGAGGCAAAGCCUUACAAUCCCAACCAAUUUCUGUAUCUAAUCAACCUCACCCACCCAAAGGAACAGUAUUGGCUAAACAUAAUUUUCCGGGUAGUAAUAACCCACAAUUUUGUCAAUUCGUUAUUGAACGAAGUCGACAUAUUCUGAAACCGCUUAAACGUCACAAAACGGAAGGAACUCGAAGACUAUGUUCUCAUCCAACUUUACCUUAUUAUUUAUCUGGAUCUCAAGAUGGAGCAGUAAACUUAUGGGAAUGGAAACAUCAGAAUCCAUUAGCAUCUCCUCGAGCUCCCGGAACUUUUGCUAAAGUUACCAAAGUCGCUUUCAAUCAGAUCGGUAAUAAAUUUGGUGUAACCGAUGGUGAUGGUAAUCUAAGCCUAUGGCAGGUUGCAUUAUGUACUUCCUCAACUAAACCAUUCUUUAGUAUGCAAGUUCAUUCCAAACACGCCAGUGACUUUACCUUCCUUGGAUCUUCAUCUUUAAUCAUAACCGCUGGUCAAUCAACUGAUCAUAAAAAUAUCUGCAUGUGGGAUACUCUUUUACCAGCUAAAAAGUCACUGGUCAGUUCAUUUUCUUGCCAUGAGCAUCAUGGUGCCUCGGUGGUUCUUUAUGCACCACUAAAUCAAUUGCUCAUCACUGGUGGUAAGAAAGGUGAAGUAUUCAUCUUUGAUAUGAGACAACGAACCCAACGAAAUAAAUUCCAAGCCCAUGAUUCCGCCAUUAAAUGUAUGACCCUUGAUCCAGGGGAGGAAUUUUUCGUUACCGGAUCAGCUGAUGGUGAUAUUAAGGUUUGGAGUUUAAUUCCUCCCCAAUCAAUUGUAAACUCUUACCUAGGUGAACACUCACGCAGUACUCUAUUCCGUAACAUAGGAAUGGGAGUUUCUCAUCUUUACGUUGAUAAUGUUGGUCGAUUAUUUUCCUGUGGAGCUGAUGGAUCACUUAAGAUGCGUCAACUUCCGGGUCAUAGAUAAAAACAUUUACCACUCUACCGUCUAGCCCACCAAACAAUUGAACUAAUUACUACUGAAGCUUCAAGUUUUUCAAUCUAAACCAUAAACUACUACUACUUGCAAUUAGUAUUAUAUAUUGUUUUGAUCCAAUUUGUUUGUUUAACCUGAUUGAUGAAUUAAUUAUUUAGUAUCUCUCUCUCUCUCUAUCUCUAUCUUUCUCUUUCUCUCUCUCUCACUUUCUCGACAAUAACCAUAACUGUCAACUUUUAGACACUCAAACAACACAAACAAACACACAAAAAAUAUACACCAACCACCACUUAUACACAAGACAUUCUUAAA